GUGUGAUUUGAUAAAACUAAUCUUAGAAAGUUUCAUCACUGUUAACUCUGGCACUGUUUUUGAUACGUAUAUCUUAUCACUUAGAUUCAAAUGUUUGUUGUGUUUUUGAAUCUGAGGAUUAUUUUUUAUUAUACGAUACAAUCUAGGAAUAUUAUGAGAUAUCACCUAUUUUCCCGCGACUUACUCCUGUACAUUUUGUUUAAAAGCCAAAUACAGAUAAAGUCAAUAAAUCUGCAAAGUUGGUAGUUUAUGCGUCGUUUUUUCAAAAAUCCAAAGAAAUUACUAAUUCAAAGAAAAAUGGUCAGUUUUACUGUGGUUUUAGUUAUUAUUGAAUUAUAUUAUUUCAAAUUCCACUAGUAGGCAAAUCAAGUAUCACACGUUAUCCGGAUUUCUAUCAGCUUACUCCAUAAAAUGAACCUUAUAAUUAAGCACAUUAGGAGUUUCUCGGAAACUUCAAAUCAAAAUUGUCCACAUCCGUACUUCCUAACCCGUCGGCAGUCGUCCGGAUGUUUACCGCGGACACGUGGCGAUGGCCGAAAAUACACCGGCUUAUAAUGAUACUCGCCGUUAGAGAAAACUCCCCGUGCAACUGUUCACACGAGAUACGUUUUUGGAAUGUAUCUUCAGAUACUAAUUUAACUUCUAUUCUCACUUCAACCUCUUAUUUUUUUAUUUGUCUAUUGUCGUCCUCAUUAUACGAUGACAAUUUGAUAGAUUCCACCUUUGAUUCCCGGUUAUGUUAGUACUCAAGUGAACCUUUUAUAUUUUGUCUCCGAUCUGGGUAUUGAGAUUCUUCCUUUGUUUCAAACUGCCAUAUUAAAAUGGGCUACUCAGCUUAAGAUUUGAGCAAUAUUAUGUAUCUACUAUUGUAUAAUGUUUUUAUAUACUUUAAUAUACUGCGAAGUCUGCCCCGCUUAAGCCUUUAUCUUUUAGGUUUCAAAUCGCUGAACCAGAUUUAAUAAAAUAUCGUAGGUAUUGAUGUAGGCUAGGAAGGACAAAAUGUUAUUUACAUACCAGAAAUCAUCUCACUAAAGGGCUAAACGAAAAAGACGACGAUAGAAUUCAUAUGUUUGGCCAUUCGUUCAUUUACAAUUUACUACAAAUGCAAGUUAAAACAAUUUUUUUUGAUUUAUUAAACAAAUAAAAAAUAAUUAAUGUACGAAACGUGAACGAAAAUUUAUACCCAUAGAAUGAGGAAAAUUAAAAACUAAACGGAAUGGAAUGCGAAACAGCCACGGAUUUAUCGUAGAAUGCUUAUACUAUGUGCUCUCGUCAUCGCCGUAGUAUUUUGGUAUUAGAAUCCCGCGGGGACAUUUUGGAUGCGGUCCAGUCGUGUGCGCAACUCACUAACGCGCUAACGCUAUCGAUUUUACCCUAGAUCGAUAUUUAAAAUCCGCUAAUAGCAUUAUAUGAAACCCUAAAUUAAAAGUAAUGUUUUUGUGAUAAAAAAAAAUAAAAUUAAGCGCUUUUUAGUUAAACUAUCUUUUGUGUUUUGUCUAUAGUGCCAGUGUUAAUAGUGUGGAUAAUUUUCGGUUUAGCCAUUAAUGUUAUAAUAUAUAAGUAGGUCAUAAUUUUGCGGUAAACUUUAAUUCUAUUUUGAUAACAAAGAAAGGAUAAGACAAGGACAUAAAAAGUUCUACGAUGACUCACUGAGAGUAGUGGUGAGCGAAAACAAACAGUUAAACUGCAAGUAUUUCGAGAGCGUUCGCCAAUAAAACAAGAACACAGGAGCACAUAUACAAAAUGGCUGCUGAACGGCACGCGACUGCGUUUAUAAGUCACAAGAUGUUUAUUUGUGUUGUUGUCUCGCUCUUGUUGCCGAUUGCAAACGAGGGUGCACCGGGAAUGUACGGAGAUGCUCGAGGUUUUCCGAAUGAUGAUGGAAAAAGGCUGACAAGGGAAUAUCAUUUAAGACAAGGGGCGCUGAGAGGGUUAAUUGUUAAGCCUAGUAGACAUUAUGACUUGCAGUUGGUCGAAAUGUUUCUCGGGAUACCUUAUGCGGCUCCUCCGGUGGGCAGUUUGAGGUUUAUGCCUCCAGUAAGUGCCCCACCAUGGUCAGGUGUGAAAAUGGCCACACACUUCGGGGCCGUAUGUCCGCAAGCACUCCCUCUUAUUAAGAAGGGGGAUCCACCUAUUCUGGAGCGGCAGCACUACAUGACAAAGCUUAAGGCAUUCCUCAAGAACGAAUCUGAAGACUGCCUUUAUUUAAACAUCUACGUACCGUAUAGAGAUCAAAAAUCUAAGAGAUUUCCCGUGCUUGUUUUUAUUCACGGCGAUUCCUUUGAAUGGAGUUCGGGGAAUCCGUAUGACGGAAGAAUACUCGCCUCUUACGGAAACAUCAUGGUCAUCACCAUCAACUUCAGACUCGGAAUUUUAGGUUUCAUGAAGCCAAGUCUGACAGAGCAUGUUUAUGGGAACAACGGUCUGUUAGACCAGCUCGCAGCACUUCAGUGGAUCAAGGAUAACAUUCAAGAUUUGAACGGAGAUCCUAACUCGGUCACCAUUAUGGGGCAUGGCACCGGAGCAGCUUGUGUCAGUUUCUUGAUGCUGUCGCCCAUAUCGAAUGGUCUCUUUCAUCGGGCGAUUCUGAUGUCAGGAUCUGCACUGUCAGACUGGGCGAUGACAAAGGAUCCAACUCAAUACACGCUGCAAGUCGCACAGAGCUUGGACUGCAAUCCGAGCUCAAAGGACAUGAUGACGUGCCUGCAAAAGAAACCGUUAUCGGAGAUAAAAAAUGUGCAGAUACUUGCACGCGAGUUCGAGACGCCCCUGGGUCCGACGGUAGCUGGUUCGUUUAUACCAAGUGAACCGAUGAAAACUAUGGAAUCGUAUCCGAAUCUAUUGAGCAAAUAUCAGCUGCUGAUCGGAGUGACUGAGUUAGAAAGCUAUCACGAAUUCGGAGCACUGGAGUUAAACCAAGGGAUAUUGGAGAACCAAAGAGAUGAUUUUAUUACCAAGUACAUAAAGGUCGUUUUCGAAGGUGCCGAAGAAGAGGCUCUGAAAGAAAUAUUGAAACAGUAUUCUCCAUCAAAACUGGACCCACAAAGAUGGAGCGUAGAAGCCAACAGGGACGUGAUCUUGAACAUCUUCAGUGACUCGAGAACCCUGUCUCCUGUCGUUCAUUUUGCCAACUACCAAUCAAAGUCUAACAUCCAGUCCUACUUCUAUGUGUUCGGACAUAAUUCUGUGAGCACAGACUACGCACAAUUAAAUAAAAGUGUACACGGCCAAGAACUUCCUUACGUCCUCGGAGUACCGCUUGGCGGAGCCAAUACUCACUUACCAGUUGUUUAUACGCAGAGUGAGAAAUUACUCAGCGAGGUUGUUAUGAGAUUGUGGACCAACUUCGUUAAAAUUGGAACUCCUAAUACCCAGAGCGUCAAUAAAUACUUAACAUCGGACAAGGAACAUUGGAAUCAGUAUAACGUAGAGUGGCCCGAAUAUGAUGUUGAGCAUCAAUCAUAUUUGAGAUUAGAUAUGCCUCCACGUAUAAGUAGUUUGUACAGAUCGAACUAUACCAAUUUUUGGCUAGAGACACUUCCUAAGAAGAUAAGGAGAUACGUUAUUGAUCCAUUGUUUGCUUAUACGCCUACACCAUCAACUCAGAAGCCUAAAACAACACACAGAAGCUCAGAUAUCAUAAGUAAAAUAUGGUCUCCAAAAGUAGUAGACAGACCUCACUAUAACCCUCCUGGAAGAAUACAGACAAAACCUAAAUUUGAAUACCAACCCAAUUUUCCUGUUGGUCGUCUAAAACCUAAUCCUCCAUCUUACAGGACGGACACCGAUUCAAUAUAUCGUCAAAUACAAUCAAUCAAACAUUUACCACAACGUCCGCCACCACCGAACUUAUUAGAUAAGGUUGAGCUAUAUACUUCGACACAAAAACCAAAGAUGAACUUACCUGUAAAAACUUCAAGUGCAACAAUAACGCUAGUUAUAUCACUUGGAGUUUUAUUUUUAUUGGUGAAUGUGGGUAUUUGUUCCAUUGUGUAUUUCAAGAAACGGAAAUUGAGAUUACGUCACCGAGAAGUGAAUCAUCAUUCUCGUGCUGAUGUGGGUGAAAUAGAUGUAAUAGGUCAAAAAUGUGUGAAAGAUGAUAAAAGUGCUUUACAGAGCCUCAUAAAAUCUGUGAGUUUUAAUAAAAUUAAAAACAAUAGUAAAAAGAUGAAGAAAAAAUCAGAAACGUGUAAAACACCAAAAUCAGAUGACUCUGGUGGUUUCCGAGAACGAUUUCAGCUAAGACGACAUUUAUCCACUAGUACUUUGGAUGCUCAUACUAAAGUAAAAGAUUGGAUAACUAAUGAAAUGAUGCAUAGAUGUUCUCCGGGUAUACUUAGAAAAUCUAAUUCUGAAUUGAAUAAUGAGAAACAACUGCCUGUAUCUAAACCUUUCACUAGAUCUGAAGAGCUUUUAUCUGAGACAAGAAAGCCUAGGAAAGAUACUUUAAAAGUAAAUGAGAUGAAUAAUAUUAUCACGUCAAAAAAUUCCAAUGGUACUAAAACGCACAUGUCAGAAAAAACUACAUCAACAUCUGCUCUUGGCUCUCAUUCUUCCAUAGGAAGUAAUAAAUAUUCAUCAAAAGCAAAAUACGUUAGUAAAUCGAACGAUUCCAUAAAAAGUAAGGGAUCUGAAAGCAUCAAGUCUAAAAAAGUUUCUGUAGCUGUUGAUGCUACACCAGCAGCGAGAACUAAUUCAAUACUAAAUCAAGAGCCAAUAGAAAUUACAAAAUCUUUUGAUCAUAGUGAAGAAGGACAUUCCAAUAAAAACAUAAGGCCACAAAAAACGAAAACUAAUGAUGAAACUCAGACUGAUAUUAAUUUAACACUAAUAAAACAAAACGAAAAUGAUUCUGUUUCUAAAAUUUACACUAACUUUGUAACGUUAUCCGUUGAAAAGGAUAAGCCUUUAAAAAUAUCUCAUAAACAUUCCACGUCUGAUCCAGUAACAGACGUUAAUUAUGAAAAACUUAUAAAAGAACAAUCUGUUAAUGGUAAUCAACUUAUAAAUAUUUUACCACCAGUCACUUUCAGAAACGAUAUAAAUGUAACGUCUUGUGAUGAAAAUCGAAAGAAAGAACCAUUAACUGCAGAAGAAGCUUUAAUGACAAUAAAAAAAAGGAACUUUCCUAAAGUGCUUCCUGAUUUGCCAAGAUGUCAAAAACGAUUGUCAUUACAACCAAAUUCCUUACAUACAUUCAGAGGUUUUGCUGGUAGUAUUGAAUGCCAAUCAGAUCGCUUAAAAGUACCACCGCAACCACCACCACGAACUACAACGUUGGAUCGGCGUCUGGCAUAUAAAAACUCGAAACCACUCACGUCAUUUGGAAGUUCAACAUCAAAAAGCAUAAUAGAAGCCGAUGACUUGCAUAGAAAUUAUGAAAAUAUAGAUUCUUUGUCACCACAAGCUCAUCAAACUUUGAAUAGGUCAUUUGAGAUUCAAUCAAAUAUUAAUCACCCUGAGUUUACUAAAACGACACUUGAAAAAGAAAGAGAAUACCCUAAAGUGAUAAUUGCUUCAAGUGACAUUUCUGACGCUAACAAGUCAAAAAUUAUUAUUAAACCUUCCCCAAGUCAGAAUGAAAUUCCUACUUAUGUGCCAAGAGUAAAAUUACCUGAUGAUUUCCAUUCACAAACAACGGGCUCUAUUACAUCUUUUUCAUCUUUUUAUUCUGAUGAUGAUACUGAUGAUAUUGAUGAUAUUCUUGAUGAUAUUGGUGAAGAUAAACUUAUCCAAGAACUUGUGGGAGGAGUACAAUCACCGACAGAUCAUAUGUUAGAUUCCAAGGGACCAGAAACAGUUUUGGAAAGGAAACUAGAAAUCAUUCCGGUAAAAAUAAAUCCUGGUCUCAUUGUUCCUAAAAAUAAGGAAGACUAUAUUUGCAUAACAGAUUUGCAUUUACCAGACGUUAGUGAUUUAGAAAAAACAGCUCAAAUAAAACCAAACUUUGGACUAAAUAAAUUGCAACAUAGAACAGAAAGUAUACAGAGUCCACCAGAAAAAGCUGUAAAACUCAAGCAAAAAAGGUCUAAUUCGAUCUUAAACAGAAGCUUGAAGAAUAAUAAUAGAAGGAGAGAUAAAAGCAAAAGUAAUUCUAGUAGUACAUUAGAGCAUUCGAAUUCUGGGUCUUCUAAUGACACAGAAACGAGCACAGGUACUGUGAAAAUGAUUGAAUUAAAGAAGGAUAGUUGAGUUUUAUACUUGGUUAGUUAAAAUUACCAAAUACACAAUGAAUGGUGAAUUUUACAUUUGAUUAAGUAUAUUAAUUAUUAUUGAAGAAACAAUUUUAAUCAUCAUCAUUACUUAUUCUUAGCUUUACUUUAUAAUAUGAAAAACUGUAUUGUAAUAUUAAGUAGGAAUCAAUUUUUUGUAAUCUAAAAUCUUUUUAACUUUAAAUACUUAUUGCAUUUAUACAAUAAAUAGUUUUUAUAUAAAACCAAAUUAAUAUUUUAACCCCCUAUAUCAUUUAAGGUAAGACUAUCUUGUUAAAAAACGAAAGACCGUUGAAAUUUUAAGUAUUUUAAAUGUACAAGAAUGUAUUAUUACAGCAUCAAUGGAAUCUCUAUAAUAAAACUCGAGUAGAAAUUAAACAAUCUUCCCUGGUAUCUCUGAUCUUUUAUUAUAGCUUUGGGUAACGUCACUUUUGAGUACUCAUUUGAUCUCUUAGUACGGUCCAAGUUUGUGCAUUCAUGAUUGAAUGAAAAUUUAUUUAAAUUUACUUUAAGCGCAUAAGUGUAGAAUUCUAAAGGUAUUAUAAAUUUGUUUGUUAAUUUAAAUUAUUUAUUUAUUUAUUUAAUUCUUUAUGCACAAUCGUACAAAGGCGGACUUAAUGCCUUAGGCAUUCUCUGCCAGUCAACCUUUAGGUGAUGUGGAGAUUAAAAUAAAGGAUAAAAGUAGGUGCAUAUGUAAUCUUUGAGAGAAAAAAAAAUAAUAUAAAAUAAGCAUAACACAAACAUACAUACUAUAUAUAACAUAAUACAUAUAUAUAAUAAAAAUAAAUACAAUACAUACUUAUAAGUACUAUGCCUGUUUAGAAAUGAGAUAGCAAUUUUUAUGAUUCUGCCUGAUCUAAUAUUAAAUUGCGCAACUUGGUUUUAAAAGCAAACCGACU